ACUUCCAACUUCUUUUGAAUAACCCAUGCCACAUCCAUGACAAUUUCAUGUUCACCUUCAUGGCUUCCAUAGCUCACCAUCUCUCCCAUCUUCUCCUUUUCACCAUCCUUCUCCACACCUCCAUCAAUGGCAACCCUACAAAAUCGCCCACCAUUCCUUAUCCUUCAUUCGACUGUGGUAACAGCCUUGUAAUCAGCUACCCAUUUUGGCUAAAAAGCCAACAAAAUAAUGAUGAGUAUUGUGGAUAUCCGGGCUUUGACCUCUCAUGCACCGACCGACAACCCCUCCUCCGCCUCUUCAACCACCUCUACCGCCUGAAAAAUAUCAAUUAUUCCGAAAAUACCCUCACCGCCGCAUACCUUGAACUAAACAAUGGGGCUUGUCCCAUUGCACCACAUGAUGUUAGGUUAAAUUUAAACAUCUCCUAUUUCCUUAACUACACCAUAGAAGACAAGAUGGUGCACUUUUUCUAUAAUUGCACAUUGUACCCACCUUCACUCUCAUCCAUAGCUUGUCUUCAACACGGUCUUAAGCGUUCUUACGUGUUCAUGGAAGGCGCAAUACCGGAGUUUGAUUGGCAGCGGUUUUGUGAGUCCACGGUGAGUGCUGUGGUGGUGGAGAAGGGCGGCGAUGGUGGUUUUCUGGGUGGUGGGUUUGGGAGAGUCUUGCAAGAUGGGUUCAAGUUAGGGUGGAGAUCGCCGGAUAGUGAUUGUCGGGCAUGUGAGGCCACCGGAGGAUUUUGUGGGUAUAGAUAUAGUGAUGGGCUUCACCGGAAUUUCAUUUGCAUCUGCAGCGAUGGCCGGAGAUCUGAUAACUGCCACGAUAAUGGUGCUGUAACAGUAGCUCUUGAACCGAAUUUUGUAGCAAUUGGUGCAGUGAUUUGUGGCGGUUUAAUUAUAGCCUCAACAGUUUUUUACUUCAUCAUGAAGAAGAAAAUUUCCUCACAUAAACCAGCAUUUACUCUGAUACCAAACAGUGGAAAGUGAUCUGUCUAUAUUUUUUUCUGUACUAAAACCAGGAUUCCAGGAGUGUCGUUGGAUUUGCACCAUGUUUAAUGCAAGGCUUUUUUAAGAGGCCAUUCCUGGUUUAAAUUAAUGUCAAGCUUUCAUGUUUAUUCAUGCUAGUUUGAAACUUGCUAAAAGGGGGAAAAAUAUCUCUGAAUUUUUAAGUUCUAAUAAAAUGUAGAAGUUCAGUUGCUAUUUUAAUAA